CCCGCCUGGAUUGCCUAUGACCGCCAGACAUUGUGCUUUGACGCAUAUUUUCAAGAGGCCGUGCAUGAAAAACGCGAAGAGAAUUAUCGCGUCCGUGCCUGCAAGAUUUACUUCUUCCCGGCAGACGACACCAUCGAGGUCAUCGAGCCACGCAAGCCCAACAGCGGUCUGCCUCAGGGCAAGCUGUUGCGCCGGCACCGUGUGCCAAAGCCUGCCCCCAACGAUGAUGAUUUCUUCAAGGUUGACGAUUUCAACCUGGGUGAGCAGGUGACCUUUUAUGGUCGUACUUUUAUGAUUGUCGAUUGCGACGCCUUUACGCGCGACUUUCUGACGCGCCUUGGCUUUGAGGUGGGCGAGGCCCAACCCAUGCCGGAUGACCCCUAUGCCCGCCUGCGAGCGGAUCAACACGAGGCUCAGGUGCCGCUGCGUCCGUACGAGCGUCAGGACAAGCUCAAGAAGUUUCUGGACAACGACCGCUGCGUCCUUCGCUUCUACGCCGUUUGGGACGAUACCGGCAACGGAGAAAGCGAGCGCCGCUACAUGAUCGUCCACUACUUCUUGGCCGAUGACACGGUCGAAGUCCGUGAAGUGCAGCAAAACAACUCGGGUCGCGAUGGCCCCGGCAUCUUCCUUAAACGUCAAAAGCUACCCAAGGCACGCCCGGAUCACUCGCAUUCAGUCGCGGCUCCGGGUGCCGUCACCUCGCGCACACUUCUCAACGUGUUUGCCAAGGACGGCAUGAAGGGACGCUCAAUCUUGGACAGUCUGCAACUGGGUGAUGGCACGAGCGCUCAUUACACCGAUCGCGAUCUGGAGGUUGGAUGCACAAUCAAUGUCUUUGGACGCCAGAUGCUUUUGUGUGACUGCGACGACUUUACCAAACGCUACUACCGAGACACCUUUGGCAUUGAGGAUUUCGCCCCCGUCGAGCUGGAAGAGCCCGUGAAGCAAGUCUUUGAGGCCCCGAUUCCGCCUCAUACGGGCAUUGGCUCAGACGAAGACUCACUCGUCAGCGUCAACCACCUAAUUCCAAAGCCACCAAAGAAGGAGUUUGGCAAGUGGUUCAAGGAGGGCUCAAACAAGCUGCAGUUCACUGCCCGCUUUGACACGUCAGACUCAAUUGAUGGACCCCGUCGCUUCACAAUUAGCUACUUCCUGGCAGACGACACCAUUUCAGUGUUUGAGGUGGCUCAGCGCAAUUCAGGCGUGAUGGGUGGCAAGUUUAUUGAGCGACGCCCUCUCAAGACGGCAGAUAAGAGCCGCCGCCUUAACCUCUUCGACUUUGUCGUGGGGAACCCCAUCAACCUGAACAGCUUUCGCUUCAUCAUCAUUGAUGCCUCGGAUUUUACCUACCAGUACCUUGAGAACGCCAAGGUUGGUCAUGCGCUCAAACAAACCGCUUAUCUUAUGCCAUGUCAUGCACCGCUUCCUCUCUGGCCCUGCUAA